AACCCAGUGGUAGUUGCGGCUUUUGUCCAUCACAUCUGUGCUGCUGUUUUCGAUGGAUUGCUAGCCAGUGGUUGCAAUCAUAGGGGAAUUCUUGGAGAUGUUUUGAAUUAUUAUAGGGUGGUGGAGACUAAUGGUAGAGGCAUGUUGCAUUUAUAUGCAAUGGUGUGGUUAUGA